AUGGCGGAGGCUCCGUCCCUCUCAGCGGCUCUGUUGGGCUCCGUACUCAGUCUGGGGGUCCCUCCGGACCUCGGGGCCCAGAUGGCCGAACUGUACCGGGUCCAGUCGAACCUGCUGAGGAGGAGGAGGCUCCGGGAGAUGGUGGAGCGGGACCAGAGGAGGAGGCGGUACCUGCGGAGGAGGAGAACCUUCCUGCUCUCCUCUCUGGCCGGGAUCCUCAGCCUCAUCGCCGGAACCAGGAGACCCGUCUGGGUCGUGGACCGGAGCCCCGGACAGAACCUGUGGUCUGUGGCGGAGAAGUUCGACGAUGAGGAGUGGAAGUCUCAGUUCCGGAUCUCCAGAACCACCUUCGAGUCUCUCCUCGAACAGCUCGGUCCGGCUGUCGAACGGUGCCGGACCAACUUCCGGGCCCCCAUCGAACCGCGCCGCCGCCUCGCCAUCGCGCUGUGGUGGUUCGCCCGACCCGGAGAGUACCGGGCCAUCGCGGACAUGUUCGGGGUCGGGAUCGCCACCGUCUGCCUCAUAGUCCGGCAGGUCACCGCCGCCAUACUGGACCGGAUGUACCAGAACUACGUGUCCCUGCCGUCCGGAGACAGACUGGACCAGACCAUCCGGGCCUUCAAGGACCGCUGCUACCCUCAGUGUGCCGGGGCCAUCGGGGGGACCCACAUCCCCAUCGCGGCCCCCAGAGAAAACCCGGACGACUACUACAACCAGGGGGGGUGGCACUCUGUGAUCCUGCAGGCUGUGGUGGACCAGAACCUGUGGUGAGCAGGUCCAAACGGGUCCAUGAAGGACCUGUGAUCUGACCCCCACACAGGGGCCACAGUGGGUCCCGGUCCGGUCCAACACACAGGGUAGGGGAGACCGGGGCGUGCUGUCACACUUUUUACACUCUUCGAUAUUUGAGGGAGAAUCAGGAACAAAAACACGUUUAAGACUUUUGAGAAUAAAGAGGUGAUGAAACGAUUAUUGAUCAGAAUAAAGAGGUAAUGAAAUGAUUAUUGAUCAGAAUAAAGAGGUAAUGAAAUGAUUAUUGAUCAGAAUAAAGUGGUAAUGAAAUGAUUAUUGAUCAGAAUAAAGUGUUAAAGUCUCUAAAGUCUUAAACUGCGUUUGAGGAGGAAACAUCUUUGUUUGUGAAACUCCUAAAGUUCAGUCGUGGAAACGCUCCACAGCUCCUUUAAACGACUAACAGGUUAAAAUAUGAGCGACCACUUUAUUCUCAUUAGUAAUUACUAAGUCUUAAUGUUUAUUUUCUUAAUGUGGCCUGAUACUCGGUCGUAUUCUUGUAGUCAGUCUAUCAGACUAAAGACCAAAGUCUCAGGUUUAAACUUCAUCUUCACGUCGUUUUCUCGUGUCAGUGCAGAGUCUGAACCAAUCAGAGAGCGGGAUCAUGGUCGUCGUCUCCCUACAUGGGGUUAAAUGUCUCAGUGGAUUUUACUGCUAAUAAAACUAAAUUAUUGUUGUUUUUUUUAACUUUAAAGUGAAAAUUAAAGUCAGACACAGAAAAUGUUCAUCACUGAGUUUUUAAACAAACGUUAAUUUAAAAUAUGAUGUAACCUGCUCUGGAGUCUGUAGAUCUGUCUGACUCUGUGUGAAUGUUUUACUGAGCUGAGGUCGUCGACAUUUAAGUCUUAAUUAUCCUCCAGACUGAUUUAUUAUCGAGGGUCUACGUCUGACUGUCCUCAGCGUCUCGUCAGGAACUGAACUGACAUGUUCAGUUCGUCUCCUCUCUGUCUAAAUAACGUCUGUAUGAUAACUGUCGACUCUGUGUUCAUUUUAAUCCUUUUAAACAUGUAAAAACUAACCCUGAAAUAACUGAGACAUGUUUCUCUAAACGACCGUGUUCGAUAAUUAAAGCUUUAAAGUGAGUUUAAAACAGAAUCAAAAAAGAUUAUUUUAAAAUAUUUAAAGUUAAUUUUUUACUUUAAAUAUUUUAAAAUAUUUAAAGUUAAUUUUUUACUUCGGGUUGUUUGAAACAGUUAAUUGACGCUCUUCUCAGACAGGACACGCCCCCGACCAUGUAAGGAAGAAAACUAGUAUUCCACUUUUAGUUGCGCCCUCUGGUGGCAAUGUGACAACUUACCCAUGUGACAACAAGCCCCGGUCUCCCCUACUUCACUAAAUCAGAACCAGCAUGUUUGAGUCCAGUAUCCCAAGAUUCUGGAUCAGAGUUCAGAACAGGACCGUCAGAAACCACAUCAGGUCCGUUACUGUCAGAGGUGAGCAGGUCCAGGUGAUCCAGGUGACCUCUGCGGGUCUCUGAAGCACCAGAACCCGUCUGUUCAGUUCUAGAUGAAAUGAGGGUUUACGGGUGAUCCCAGAGGUCCAGUACCAGGUUCUGGUGUUUGCAGAAUCCUGAGUGAACAUGUCUGCUGGUCCUGCUCUGCUGUUAGUCCACUUUCACUCAGGUGACAGAACCGGGUCAGAGUGGACCGGUCCUCACGGUUCUGACCCGCUCUUGUUUCUCCUCCUCAGUUUCACCGACGUUUACGCUGGCUGGCCCGGCAGCACCUCCAUGGCCUCGGUUCUGUCCAGCUCAGACCUGUACCUGAAGGCAGAGGACCGGCCCGAUGGUUACCUGUUCCCUAGAGAGGUGAGGGCGGCCCGGGUUCUAUCGGUGAGCGGUUCUGGUUCAGUCUCACACCUGCGUUCUCGCUCUCUCUCUCAGAAAUCCAUCAUGUCUGAAGGCGUGGAGAUCCCGGUCCACCUGAUCGGGGACCAGUCCUUCCCUCUGAAGCCGUGGUUGAUGAAAGGAUACGGUCCGAACCACCAGCUGUCCGCCGAGCAGCGCCGCUUCACCUACACGCUCAGCUCCGCCCACUCUGUGGUCGACACCGCCUUCACGCGCCUGAAGGGCCGCUGGAGGUGUCUGCUGAAGAAGAGGGAGAUCGACGUGUCCAUGAUGCCGCGCGUGGUGGCGGCGUGCUGCGUCCUCCACAACAUGUGUGAGCGGCUGGGAGACCACUUCCUGCCCGAGUGGAACGUAGACGUCGACCCCACCGCCAUGAGACAACCGGACGCCGAGCCGUACCAGGGAGACACGUACUGCACCGCCGAGGUCAUCAGGGACGCCAUCACCUACAACCUGCUCAACAUACUGCAGUACUAG